AUGACUACUAUCGCUGCACCAGUCCUCUUCAAGAUCCCCCUUCUACUCUUGACAGCUUAUGCCAACUUGAUCACUUUCACGCCACCGAACCCUCGUACCCCCCCGGAGGAGCAGUCCAAAUACUCCCGCGCGAAGUACAUAGUGCAGCAGGUCCGCCCGCCGUGGGUGCGUGCCGUGGAAAAGACCUUGACGCAAAGCUUCAUACUCUUCGAGGUAGUCACCAUACUCGCUACAUACCUCCCUCCACCCUACGCCGAGCGUGUUUUCUCCACACUCGCCUGGCGUCCAGCAGACUCCGCGCUGGGAGUGCGGCUCACGUCUACCUUCCUGGUCGGCACCUUCCUCUGCAUCGUCGGAGGCAUCAUCCGUAUCCUCUGCUAUCGCGCCCUCGGACGCCACUUCACCUUUGAGCUUUCCAUCCGCAAGAAUCACAGGCUCAUCACCGAUGGGCCGUACUCCGUCGUCCGUCACCCAAGCUACACUGCACUCAUUAUGGUCACUGUUGGUACCUUGCUGUGCCUGACUAGCACUGGAUCGUGGCUGGCGGAGAGUGGGAUCAUGAGCACCCUUAUCGGAAGGUUGCUCGUCGUUGCUUGGGCUGCGGAGGUGGCUUGGAUCCCUGUCGUCAUGCUUAUGAGGGUAGGCACGGAGGACGCGAUACUGCGGGAGGAGUUCAAGGACGAGUGGUUGGCGUGGUCGCAGAGAACCCCUUACAAGCUGAUACCGGGCCUGAUCUAAAUCAUGACGACAUCGACAUGUACUGUACUGUAGUCAUAAU